AAGGUAUCAAUCAUUGAUGUAAUGUAGUCAUUCUGCUAUUUAAAUCAGAAAUCUACUAGUAUUUUCAAGAUGAUUCAAUCCAACCGCGUACAAGAGAAUAGUUGAAUAAACCUUUAAAUACUUUUUAAACAUUGAUAGUCAAUGUAAAGAAGAAUAAAAUCAAUUCAAUUCAAUUCAAUUCAAUUCAAUUCGAGAAUCAAUUCAAACUGACUGUUUGAAACUGCAGACCGCUUUCAUAUCAAAUCAAACCAUCGGUUUGAAACCGAUAAAAGGCGGCACUCGAAUUGUUUUCAACUCGAUUUUGUUGAGUUUAGUCAGAGAUUAUCACUUGGCCUUCUGUUAUAUACUUGUCAUUGUAAUUGGAAUAUACUUUUGCUCCACACAUUCAUUCAUGGAUAACCGCAUGUAUUCACCUGCCAGUGCUCGACGAGCUCGCGAUGGUGUUGGGCUGGAUAGGCGUCCUUUGGCAAACGGUUCGUCUUCGUCUGUGCUGCAUGGCUCUUCGCUGGAUCAUAACGACCGAUCUUCCUCUAAUACUCCUGUUGCUCCUUUCCAGCGAUCUUCCUCUGCUGCUUCUAUUCGUACCGAGAUCUCUCGUCCUGACACCCCCCUUGCUGAUGACGGUAGUGCUCCAUACUUCUCCAGAGCUCAAGGUGGUGUUGGUGGUGCCAAUGUGCAAGUGUCUGGCCAUGAUGAUGUCGAUGGCAGUAAUAACAGUGUCCAACUUCCUCCUGCUGCUUCUCGAAUCAUGCUACAGACUGCUCCUCCUAGAGCUUCCAAGAUGAUCAAGGGUGGAGUUAGAGCUAGACUCACUACUGAAACUUCUUAUGGCGGCAAAAUGACAUUCGAGCUGUCAAAGGAAAUCACCACCAUCGGUCGUAAAGAGGACAAUGACAUUCCUAUUUCUGACGGAAAGAUAUCCAAAUACCAUGCUGAAGUACUUCGAUCUGCUGAAGGAUAUUUCAUUCGAGAUAAAAACUCUUCAAAUGGCGUUCGAGUCAACGGUAAUCUGAUUGUUCCUGGAAAACCUACUCAGCUCAAGGAUGGUACAACUGUCGAGAUUGGUGGUAUCUCGCUCGAAUUUCACAAUACACUUCAGCAGGCAACUUCAUCGCUUUCUCCUGUCGACCAACAGGCUGACUACUUGGAUCUUGUCACUAUUUUACCCUCUGAAUUCAAGUACGAAGAAACCGUAACAAUUCGCGCUGAACUCGAAACCGAAGAGGAUGUUGGCUUCUCUCGCAUCGAGGAGGUCGACGAUGUCGAAGUACUCAAACAGGAUUACGAAAAGCUUCGUCUUGCAUACGAGCUUUCCAAAAUGUCCGUCACUGACGAUAUUGGCAAGCUUCUGGCUAAAUCUAUGGAGCUUAUAUUCGAUGUCAUUCCUAUCGAUCGUGGUGUUGUGCUACUGGUCGAUCAAAACACUGCAGUGCUUUCUCAGCAUUACGUCAAACUUCGCGAGGGAAAGGCAAACGAAAAUAGAGAGAUUUUGCUUUCUUCCACCAUCUUACAAAAAGUAUAUACCUCUCACAAGUGCUUGAUUUCGUCUGAUGCAUGCGAGGAUCCCAUGCUAGGGAAAGCUGCAUCAAUCAUGACAGGCCAAAUUCGAUCCGUCAUUUGUGUUCCUCUUGUUGCACACAAUAUUGUCCAUGGCAUAUUGCAUUUGGAUUCUCGUGAUCGCAUCAGCUCAUUUUCUAGCAAAGAUCUGUCCCUGGUCAAAGCCAUCAGCAAUCAAACUGCAAUGGUGAUUGAAAAUAUGAACUUGAUCAAGGAAGUUGCAAAAAAGGCUCGAAUCACUGAGCAACUGUCUCGUUUUUUACCCCCACAUGUCGUUGAAAAAAUGAAGGAGCAUCCAGAAAUUAUUCGUAAAGGAGGUCGGGAAACAGUCGGCACCGUCAUAUUCGCAGAUAUUCGUGGCUUCACUAAUUUAUCUGAAAAAAGUACUCCUGCAGAGGUGGUCAACCUACUUAAUGAUUACUUUGAACGGCUGGUUAAAAUCGUGUUUAGGCGAGGUGGCAUUGUUGACAAAUACGUUGGCGAUGCUCUCAUGGCUGUGUUUGGUACUCUUGUGGAGGAUAAAGAUGCCGAAUAUCGAUCAGUAGUUGCUGCAUUGGAAUUUCAAGAGGCUAUUCGCGACAUGAAUACUGAACGGAUGCGCUCUGGCAAAGACUCCAUCUCUAUUGGUGUCGGUGUCAACACAGGCGAGUUACUAGCGGGAUUUAUUGGAUCAUCUCAGCGUUUAGAAUAUACCUGUAUUGGCGACACAGUCAACACAUCUUCGCGCAUGUGCGACUUGGCACAGAAGGAUCAAGUAUUGAUAUCCGAGAGAACAUACGAGUGCGUAAAAGACAGAAUUGAAUGCAAUCCAUUUGGCUAUCAUUUGUUCAAGGGAAAGAUUAAGGAAGUGAUGGUGUAUCAAGCUAUUCGACUUAUCCGACCUUCUUAAAGAUUGUUUUGAAAAUAGCCGUUAGCUAGCUAUUGUUUGAGUGCUUCUUUUUUCGAGUCAAAUGGAACUGUUUUGCACGGUAAUGAUUCGUACUGAACCUCAUUUUGUCACUCUUUUGGAAAGCAUAUUAUAUUUUACAAGUCCAUACCGUGCUUCCUUGGCUUGCUUUUCUUUUGGUAAAACCAUCUAUUAGGAAAUUUAGUGAAUGAAAUCGAAUUUUAUUUUAUUAU